AUGUUCCGGCAACCCAGAAUUUAUUUACUGCUUCUUUUCUUGAUGGGCCAUUCAGUGGCAGCUUUGAGAACUCCAAAUUCUAAGCAGGAUUUACAUCCAUUACUACAGAAAAUGGCAGAAGAAAUAAUAGAGGGAAGAUACCUGAAUGCUCUUCUGGAUUUGAUCCAGUUUCAGAGUUCUAAUGUCUGGACAUCGGACCUAUCCCAAAGACUUAUGGCCUAUUUUCAUUCACGAAACGUUGCCUUUACUGUCCGCAGUCUUCAGGCUACCAUGGAAAAUUACCUGGAGAACCUUCUGUACCAGCCCCAGAAGCUGCUGGAAGAUUUCCGACAGACUGAUCACCAGCAAUUCCAGACUGCCAUGAAAUGCCUUUUUGAAGACAAAAAGAGCCGAUUGGAGCUGGAUGACAUAGUGAUUGAUCUGGAGGAAAUCCGGGACCAUGCCUUGCAGACACCCGGUGUGAACCGAACUCUGUUCCUCAUCACCCUUGAAAGAUGCUUCCUGAUCAUGAAUUCCAUUGAAUGUGUGGCUAUACUAGGCCAGGUGCUAAGGGUUUCCCCUGGAAGCUUCCUCCAGCCUGAGAUCAUUGAGAACCUUCCCAGAAACCUCCAGGAAGAUUCCUUUAAGAAUUUGUCCUCAGUAUUUAAAGAUCUCUAUGACAAGAUCUCUGCCCAUUCACAAAGAGCACUCUACUCCUGGAUGACUCAGAUUUUGCAGAAAUCUUCUAAUUACUCAAUGGAUGACUCAGUGUCAUGGGUGAGUGCGGAAAACCUAUGGAUUUUGGGAAGAUACAUGGUUCACCUCCCAUUUGAAGAAAUUACAAAAAUUAGUCCUGUUGAGAUUGGGCAGUUCAUCAGCUAUGACAAUGCCACCAAGCAACUGGAUACGGUUUAUGACAUCACACCAAAGCUGGCCCACGCUUUCUUGGAAAGGAUCAACUCUUCUAGCUUUGACAUGAGGAACACCUCUACUAUUCACAGGUUGGGAUUGCUCGUUUGUUUCUAUGGUGACCUGGAGGAGCUGGAGGCCACAGUAGCUCAAGUCUUACUACAUCAGAUGAUUAAGUGCAACCAACUUAGAGGCUUCCAGGCGGAUGUUCAGAAGCUCAAGGCCGAACUUUUGGACAUCGCUAUGGAAAACCAGACCCUGAAUGAUACCCUGGGCUCCUUAUCUGAUGCAGUGGUGGGUCUGACGUGCAGCCAGCUAGAAGACCUGUCUCCAGAGGCAGUGCACAAUGCAAUCUCAACGCUCAACCAGGUUUCAGGGUGGGCCAAGAGCCAGGUCAUUAUCUUGUCCACCAAGUACUUGACCCAUGAGAAGGUCAUAUCAUUCUAUAACGUCAGCCAAAUGGGCGCACUGCUGGCUGGUAUCAGCACCCAAGCUUUCUACAGCAUGGAUCCAAAGGAGCUCUCACAUAUCGUUAAAGGCACCAUCUCCCAACAUGUAUCUGAUCUGUCACCUGCCCAGCAACAAGGUAUCCUCAGCAAGAUGCUUGAAGCAGGCGAUGUUUCUUCAACAGUCAUGGAUAUACAAGGAAUUUUCUUUAAGGAAGUAUCUCUCUUCGAUUUAUGGAAGGAGCCAGGCUUUAACUCUACAGUUGUAAAAGAAAAGGAACUCAGGAGAAGCCAGGCCUUGUUUCUGUAUGAUUUUUUGUCAAGAUCGAUGAGAAAGCCUGAUGACCUCCUAAGUGUAGGGCAGUUGGUUAAAGGAAUAACAUGCCAGCAGAUUGAGAGCAUGAGCCCUGACUCAUUUUUGGCCCAUUUCAAGUAUUUUGAAAACAAUCUCCACCUGCUUUCUCCAUAUCAGAUUAAUUGUCUAGCAUGGAAGUACUGGAAAGAGUCUCGAUCAUCUCUGCCUCCCUAUCUCUUAUCAGCACUCCCGGCCCGCUAUCUGGAGUUAGUUCCAGCCUCUCAAUGUGUUCCUUUUCUGAUUAGCCUGGGGAAGAUAGAGCUGAACACUCUCGUUUUAGAUUCUCAUAAAAAGAAUUCGAUUAUCAGAAAAGUACGGCAGUGCUUGAAUGAUUCUAUUACUGAUGAAUACGACAUUGACAUCAUCGGAAACCUCAUCUGCCACUUGCCUCCAGCCAUUAUCCAAAAUGGGAUUCACCCUAGGGCCUUGGCCACAGCAAUGGACAGACUCAAAUCCUGCACGAGCCUCAACCCUGAGCAAAAGAUUGAAGUGAAGCACAGGCUCUUGGAGCUGCAUGGACUCCCUCAGAAUUGGACAGUUGAAACAACAAAAGACAUCGGACCAUUUCUAGUUCUCUUUUCAGGAGAUGAAUUAAGAAUCAUUGCUGCUAAGUUCCCUGAUAUCCUUCAGCAAACAGCUUCCAAAAUGGUGGGAACCCAACUUCCUAAAGAAUUUCUCUGGACUGUCUUUGAAUCCAUCCAGAGCACUAACAGAAAUGUUCACACAUCUGAUCUCAUAGAUGAUUGCCAAGGAGUCACAAUUCCCAGUUCGGACGACAUUCUAAAGUUAGUAGAAGCUAAUGCCUGCUGGUCUCCUCAAGAACUUCUGUGUAUGGAAGAGGACACAUUUACCAAGAAUGUUGAGAUGCUGGGGACCAUCUCGAGUUUCAGCCAGCCACAACUGAUGGCCUUGAAGGAGAAAACAAAACAGGUCUGGAAUGUGCCAUCUUAUUGGAAAAAUCAUCACAUCGUCUCCCUGGGCCGCAUUGCUCUGGCUCUGAAUGAGAAUGAGCUAAAACAAUUGGAUCUCAGCUCGAUUGACACGGUGGCCUCCCUGAGCGAGCAAACAGAAUGGACUCUGGGACAGGCUAGCACCAUUCUUCGAGGCUUCUUGGAAGACUCAGGCCACAGAAUACAGGAACUAAAGAGCUUUGAUUUAGUGGGACUUGGUGCAAGUUUAUGUGCCAUCAGCAUUAAUGAAGUCCCACUGAUAAGUAUCUCAGAAUUUAGCACGGUGGUUGCUAGAAUUGGUUCCCUGUUCUGCAGCACUCCCAUCCUGGGAGCAUUCAAGAGAAAGGCAGAGGCUGUGUUUGGGGAUCCUACUGAGUGGAGCAGUUCAGUGGUACGGGAGUUGGGCACCAUUGCAGCUGGAUUAACAAAGGAAGAAUUACGUAUGCUCAAUAAGGAUUUAAUGCCAUAUUUCCAGCCAUCAGCAAUAAAAUGCAUUCCUGAGGAGAUCUUCAAAGAACUGUCUCCAGAGCAGAUCUUCAGUCUGGGUCCUGAGAAUGCUGCUUGGGUGACCGAGCCCCAGAGGAGACACCUCAACAUGCUGCAGCUGCAGAGUCUCCAGUUGGCACUAGAUGGUGCCAAGACCAGCUUCCAAAUAGAGGCACCACUGAACAUGGGCACCACCAGCAUUACACAUUUCCCUUCCUCUGACUGUGUUCCAGUCUUCAGUGGUUCUAGUCUUUGGCUGUGUUGGCCUAUGUUGGUCCUGUUGGAGCAGCAUCGGUGA